AUGCAUGGCUUAAUCUUUGAGACAAGCAUAUGCUACUGGCAGGAUCAACCAGGUAGCCGCCCAAGCUGCGCGGGGAUCGGAGCCGGCGAAGGGCGGGCCGGCGACGGCGGGGCCGAACGCCGGCGUGGGCCGGCUCGGGUGGCCCCCUCCGCCUCGCGGCGGGGCCGGGCGGGGACCGCGGGGCUCGCGGCGGUCGGGCCGGAGCGGGAAGGCCCUCAGGCCUCCCGCUGGCCCUCGGGAGGUCUCUCUGGGGACGGUCGGCUCCGAGUCACGCUAGAAAAGUCGGCACCCUCGGAGGCGGGCGAACGCCGGGGUCGGAGCCGCGGCCGGGAGGCAGGCGCCCGGCGACGCGCGAGCCGCUCAGCGGAGGAGGGCAGCUUCACCCCGCGCCCCGGGACGGCGCGGGGCCGACAAGCACGCCGCGGCCCGAGCGGGGAGGCGGGGCUCGGACCCACCGGGUGGAGGAUCCGGGCCGCGAAGCGACGCUUCGAGUCGGUCGCCGAGGCGGGGGCGUCCGCUCCGCCUGAACACCGGCCCGCGGAGGCCGGCCCGCGAGGUCCCUCCCGAGGCGACCGCGGAGUCCACGAUCGAUCGGGGAGAAGGAGGACCCGUCCGACCGCUCGUCAGCCCUCCCAGGGCGAACGAGGCGGUCCCUGCCGCGGACGGGUGGCGCCGCACGGCACAGCACGGUGUACUUGCCGCCGGUGGAGGGCCGGUAGACCGGCACGCCUCAAGGGUUCUGAAGUCGCCAGAAAUCUCCGCGCACCUGGCGAACCCGGCUUUGGGAUCCUCGACGCCGUGGGAGUUUCCGGCGUCCGCGGCGGGCGACGCCGGGACUCCCGGAUGCCGAGGUCGGCCGCAGCCGCCGAGUCCGCCCCUGUCCGCCUUCCGGUGGACCGGGACGGGCGGCUCCACUCCCAGAGAAACACCACCGGUCUACCGGGCCUGGGUGCGGCGACCGGCGGAGAGGAGGACCACAUCCCGGCGCCGUGCCGGCGGGCCUCGUCGCCCACCUCGGCCGAGGCCUCGGUCCCGUCGCCCGGCGCGGGACGGGAUCCCGGCGCGGAGCCUCGGGCCUCGGGACCGGUCUGCCGGACCAGCGCGGCGGCAUCGGCGGGGCGGAUCCCGACCCUCGGUCGGGCAGCUCCGCCAGCCUCGGUCCCGUCGCCCGGCCUCGGGGCCAUCCGCGGGAUGCGGCGGGACCGGUCUACCGUGGAGGCGGGCGGGACGGUCUACCUUCUGGGAAGUCUGCAGUUUCAAUUCAAGAGUCCUGCUUUCUUGGGAAGAUUGGAGCCCGGCCCCCGGCCCCAGCCCCAGCCUAACCCUAACCCUAAGGGGGUUUACCCUCCAAUGGGAUGUUUCCGUAUCUUUUACCUGGAAAGGAAGAAAAGCCCGAUCCGCAGCCUGAUGUGCCGGGCAGGGCAGGGCAGGGGGCGGGAGGAGAGGGACAGAGUCCCGCCACGGGCACCGGUCUACCGGCGGGGCCGCCGGCAGACCGCGACGGCCGGGGACGCCCUCCGCGAGGUCGUCCUCCGCGGCCGACCGGCCCCGCCCUCGGGGACGGAGGAGGCCCCGCCCCUCCGAUCCGCUCGCUCGCUCGGACAAAAGCUUGUGUCGAGGCUGACUUUCAAUAGAUCGCAGCGAGGAGCUGCUCUGCUACGAAACCCCGACCCAGAAUCAGGUCGUCUACGAAUGAUUUGCACCGGGUUCCCCAUGCGACGUGCGCUUCGCCGCGGCGGGCGGCCCCUUCCGGCCGCGCUCCGCUCCCGUGACGGACGGCUCUCCGCACCGGGCCGGGCGGCCCAGCUAUCCGAGGCCCACCGAGGCUCCUCGGCGCUGCGGUAUCGUUACGUUUAG